AUGGGUGCUCUUCAAUCCACACUUGUCUACUUGAUUUUGUUACAUUCAUCCCACACUGUUGCUUACAAGGAUCAAGAAUGGAACAAAGCCACUGCAACUUAUGCCAAAGACACAGAGGGAUCCCUCAUUACAGAAGGAGCUUGUGGUUACGGAGAUCUUCACAAAGCUAGCUAUGGAAAACACAGUGUUGGACUAAGCACAAUUUUGUUCAACAGAGGAAGUACGUGUGGGGCUUGCUAUGAGAUCAGAUGUGUUGACCAUAUAUUAUGGUGUGUGCUUGGAAGCCCUUCUGUAAUUGUUACUGCCACUGAUUUCUGUCCUCCUAAUUACGGUCUCUCAGUUGAUUAUGGUGGCUGGUGUAACUUUCCAAGACAACAUUUUGACUUGUCAUUGCCUGCAUUUUCUGAAAUUGCCAAAAGAAAAGCCGAUAUUAUUCCGGUUCAGUAUAGAAGAGUGAAGUGCGAAAGAAGUGGUGGAUUGAAAUUCACAAUGAGUGGAAGUUCUCAUUUCUAUCAAGUCCUAAUUACUAAUGUGGGAUUAGAAGGUGAAGUGUUUGCGGUGAAAGUGAAGGGAUCUAGAACAGGAUGGAUACCAAUGGCAAGGAAUUGGGGAAUGAAUUGGCACUGCAAUGUCAACCUUCAACAUCAGCCUUUGUCCUUUGAGGUGACCAGCAGCACUGGCAAAACACUCACAUCUUACAAUGUAGCACCAUCAAACUGGCAAUUUGGACAGACAUUUCAAGGAAAACAAUUUUAA